AUGUUCGCUGUCCAACAAACUUUUGCCACGAAGACUGUCCAAGUCAACAAAGUCAACAAGACGACCAAGGCGUCCUUCGUCCAAGACAUGAAGAAGGCUGCCGUCGUUGGUGCGACUGUCCUCAUGGUCAACCCGGCGUUUGCCGCUACCAUCAAGUUGGGUGGCGACAACGGUGAACUCGGUUUCUACCCGCCGUCCAUCACGGUCUCCAAGGGCGAAACUGUUGAAUUCGUCAACAACAAGGCGUUCCCGCACAACGUCGUCUUCGACGAAGACAACGUCCCGGCUGGCGUCGAUGCCGACAAGAUCUCCCACGAGGACUACUUGAACGGCCCGGGGGAGAAGGUCACGAACAAGUUUGACGUUGCCGGUACCUACGGCUACUACUGCGAACCGCACCAAGGCGCGGGCAUGCAAGGCAAGAUCAUCGUCAACUAA